AUGGGAAUCGAUCAAAAGAAAAAAGAGGGUGAAGUAAAGGGCGAAGUUAUAGAAUCCAUGGAAAGGUUUGUAUCAAAGAGCCUAAUUGUGUUUUUAAGAAAAAGGAAUUUGGUUAGAAAAUUGAAUCUUUAUGAGAUUAAGAUUUCAAUUAUGACUUACGAGCAUAUGUCUUCUUCUAAUUUAGGAGGCUUAAAAGGUUCUAUUGUUAGCGAUCGGAACCUUGCCGCCGGCGCUCUGGUUCUCGUUUCUGUACCGUUCUUGUACGAACGUUCCGAAACGCCGUUCGGUGAUAAUUUUGGCGUUUCAGGAGAUAUUUUACAGCAGAGAAGGAUCUUUACGAAUGAAGAUGUUGUCGAAUACUCUAAAGUCAGUCAGGACUCGAAUCCUCUGCACUUUGACGAUGAGUUCGCUAAAACUCCUGGAUUUCAAGGUCGAAUUGUUCAUGGGAUGCUAGUUGCUUCCUUGUUUCCUCAAAUAAUUUCCUCUCAUUUUCCUGGUGCCGUGUAUGUUUCCCAAAGCUUACAGUUUAGACAACCUGUCUAUGUUGGAGAAGAGAUUCUUGGAGAGGUACAAGCAACAAAUAUAAGAGCUUUUAAGAAGAACUACCUGUGCAACACUGUUGUUUCUGAAGGAAUGAAGGAUGAAAAUACAAGAUGGAAGCCAUUGACAUUCAGUACUGACCUGCAGGAUUCCAAACAAUCUGUGAAAGCCUUGCCAACACAGAUUGUUAAAAGUCCAUCUUGGCCUGUUAAUUUGAUUCACAGGCCAACUCGUUUACAAUCCAGCACUUUUAACAAAAUUAUGAAAUAAAAUCGACCCUUUUGAUCAAAAAUCUACAGGCGAAAGUUGUAUCAGAAGAC